AUGAUUUCAAUCGCAAGGCCGUCGGUCUUGCGAGUUGCGCGAUCGCAACUUUGUGCGUCACGACCGAGCUUCGACGCCCGGUUAUCGGCCCUCACACGCCUACUGUCUACGCUCGCGGUACUCGAGCAACGCGAUGGCAAGCUUCAGCCAUCGUCCCUCUCUGCAAUUGCGGCAGCACAGAAACUUGGAGGAUCGGUUACGGGAUUCGUUGCCGGUAGCGGCGUCAAGGGAACUUCUGCGGCUGAAGCAGCCAAGAUCAAGGGCGUGGAGAAGAUUCUCGUUGUAGAGAACGAGGCCUACGAGAAAUCCCUACCCGAGAAUUACGCCCCUCUACUCGUCGAGAACGUCAAGAAUGGAGGAUUCUCCCAUGUUAUUGCGGGACAUUCAGCAUUUGGCAAAAAUGUUUUGCCCCGAGUCGCUGCUUUACUCGACGUCCAGCAGGUUUCCGAUAUCACUGAUAUCGAAAGCGAAGAUACCUUUGUUCGACCCAUCUACGCCGGUAACGCCAUCCUUACAGUCCAAUCGCAAGACCCAAUCAAAGUCCUUACUGUGCGAGGCACCGCCUUCCAAGGCGUUGAAACCGAAGGUGGUUCGGCAGAGAUCGUUGACGGCUCAGAUCCCAAGGCAGAGUCUACUACAGAAUGGGUCUCCGAGGACCUGGCCAAGUCAGACCGUCCCGAUCUAGGAACCGCAUCCCGUGUCGUUUCUGGUGGCCGAGGAUUGAAGUCGAAGGAGGAAUUCGACCGAGUUAUGGUUCCAUUGGCUGACGCCCUCGGCGCUGCAAUUGGUGCCUCUCGCGCUGCCGUCGACAGUGGAUACGCUGACAACAGUCUCCAAGUUGGCCAGACCGGAAAGAACGUUGCUCCUCAGCUGUAUCUUGCUGCUGGUAUCUCGGGGGCCAUUCAACAUUUGGCUGGUAUGAAGGAUAGCAAGGUCAUUGCCGCCAUUAACAAGGACCCCGAUGCUCCAAUCUUCCAGGUGGCCGAUGUCGGAUUGGUGGGAGAUUUGUUUGAGAAAGUUCCGGAGUUGACGGAAAAAUUAAAGAAAUAG